AGGAUCUUAUGUGUGUUCCCGUACAGCGGAAGAAGCCAUUAUCAAAUGUUUGAGGUGAUCUGUCGAGGGUUGGCCGAAAGAGGACAUCGAAUCGAUAUGAUCGGGCAUUUCCCGACGAAGAAUUCGAUCGCCAAUUAUACGGACAUUAUCGAUUUAAGCAAGGAUGCCAAGAGCGUGGUGAAUAGCCUCACUGUGGACUUCGCGAAGCAUAUCGGACUAUGGGUCACUUACUACCAAUCUACGAAAUUUGGUAGUGCCCUAUGCGACUUGAUGGGCACUGAGGACAUGCAGAAAUUCAUUAAAAACCCACCUAACGAUCCGCCGUACGAUCUUGUGAUCACUGAGUAUUUCGGAUCACCCUGCUACUUAGGUUUUGGUACGCUUUUAAAUGCACCAGUAGUGGUGGGAAUAUCCUUCAUGCACAUGCCGUACGUCGACGAUUUCAUGGCAAAUCCCUUCAGCUACGCAUCCUUUUCGAACUUAUACACCGACAAGCCCGUCAUCGAAACGUUUACCGAUCGCUUGUGGAACUUCAUCGUCAAUUAUUGGGAAAUGCAGAAAUUUUACUCCUACACGUCCAAUCAGAACGAGAUAAUGAAGAAGUAUCUUGGUUUAAGCGACAUCCCCGAUGUUAGAGAACUAGAGAAAACCGUCUCUCUGGCCCUAGUCAAUUCGCAUUACAGCUAUCACGGAAUUAAGCCUAUCACGCCAGCCGUUGUCGAAGUUGGAGGAUUACAUAUUAUUGAUAGAGAUCAGAAAAUAAGCUCGGAACUGAAAAAUUGGCUGGACUCAGCGGACCACGGAUUAGUAUACUUCACGUUAGGCUCGUUGAUGGCCAUUGAAAGCCUACCAAGGGAGGCCCUACUAGCGUUUUACGCAUCGUUCGCAAAAAUCGCACCGGUUAAGGUUCUAGUGAAAUGUUCGAACACUACCAAACUGCCUCCCGGUUUACCGAGCAACGUGAUGACGCUACCCUGGAUCCAACAGAUUGCUGUAUUGAGGCAUAAAAAUACACGGGUAUUCAUAACGCACGGCGGCCUUAUGGGAACCCAGGAGGCACUCUACUACGGAAUUCCCAUGAUAGGGAUACCUGUGUUCUAUGACCAGACAAAGAACGUGAGGAUAAUGAUCAACAAAAACAUGGCCUGGAUGCUGAACCACGAAAAUAUCAACGAAGAGACUGUGGACGCAGCCUUGAACGCUCUUCUCAAGGAUCCCAAAUACAGGGAAUCUGCGAAAAGGAAUUCUAGAAUGUUUAGGGAUCGGCCAAUGAGCGCAAAAGAGACGGCGAUGUACUGGAUUGAAUAUGUGAUCAGAAAUGGACCGGAUAGUCUGAGAUCACCCGCAGUGGUUUUACCCUGGUGGAAACGGAAGAUGCUCGACGUGUUCGCCUUUUUAAUAGUCUGCUUCGUUCUCGCUAUUAUCGUUUCAGUACUCCUACUGGGAAUUUUAUUCAAGGCUUUUUGUAAAUAUAAACGUGACAAUGAAAUGGAGAAGAAAGUGAAAUAAGAGACGAAGAAAAUUCACGUCCUUUUUCAAAAUACAGUUAAAAAAGGCGAAGUUCAUAGUCUCUCUUUUAGGAGACGUAUCACGUUGUAUUAAAUUAAAAUAAACUGGAUAUAGUAUCAUGUAUUAGAUAUGUAAUUUAUAUUAAUAACAAUUUGAUAAAUGUGUAAUGAUAAAAAUUUCGAGCCAGUGAAUUUUACAGUUAAAUAUCUUCUAUCUAUCUAUCUAUCUAUGUUCAAAUUUGACGUCAGUAAAAUUUGAAAAUUAUUCAAAGACAUAACCAGAAGUUAUGAUACUAGAAACACACUCAAUGAGUGGCUCACAAAAGUAUUCGAACGCUACUACAUUAUUUGAUAUUAAUAUUUUGUUGGACCAUCUUUAGGAGUAAUGAUGUGCUUCAAUCGACGUUCCGUACUAUAAACCAAUGAUUUUGUAAAAGUAUACUCAAUGGAAUUC